AUGCUGGUUCCUCCUGCCAAUUUCGGGAUUGCUGAAGAGGGAAUAUAUAGAUGUUCCAAAUUGGAAACGAUAAAUCUAUCAUUCUUAGAAACUUUGAAUUUAAAGACCAUGAUAUUCAUUGGUGGUCAGGAACCUUCCAAAUUCUUUAAGGAGUUCUUUAAUAGAUUGUCCAUAAAAUGGUAUCUUAUUAGAAUUGCAGAUUUUUCUGCUGCUACUUCAGAACCCCCAAUUAAUAACAAUAGUAAUAGUUUGAUGGAUGCUAAGAAUAAAGAUAAAGAUAACAUGCGUACCUCGACUGAACCCAUGGUUAAGAAAACUAAUAGUAACGAUAGCAUAAUGAAUACCAUUAAUGAGGGCAAACUUAUCAGUGGUAACGAUGCCCUUGAGAAGGGAUCCAAGGACAGCAAUCAAGAAAAGAUCUCGGAAAGUAUUUAUCAUCUAACAGAUGGUGAUGAUCUCAUGCUGAUAAAAUCUACUUGUCUGAAGAAGACAUUCCAAUAUCUGCUUGAUGUUGAUAAUUAUAAUACCUUGUUGAUUGAUAAAACUGCAUUAAUAAUAGGUAUAUUAAGAAAAAUGCAAAAAUGGCAUAUAUCUUCCAUAAUCAAUGAAUAUAGAUUAUUCACUGGGAAGAAUAGAAGCUAUUUUGCUGAAACUUUCCUAGAGAUUAUUGAAUUGGUGGUAAGGCAACAGCGGAUAAAUGACACCACUAAAGACGCUAGUAGUAAUAAUGAUAAUGACAACAAUAAUACUGAUAGUGCCCUGAAAGACAAAGAUAAAAAUAUAUUACCAAUGGAGAAGAACAGUAAAAAAAAGAAGAAGAAUAGUAAGACAUCAUCAAAGGGUAAAUCUUCAAAUUUUACGAUAAUCAACGAAGACGAUUUAUGUAAGGACCCAGAAGUGCCGAAACGACUAUUAAAAAUAAUAGAAGAUGCCGAAAAGGAGGCUAGGUUAAGAGAAAAAGAUGAUGAAUUAUCUAAAGAAAUACCACCUGCAGAAAUGAUAAGAACCACUUCAAAUCUGGGAAUAUUUGGUCAUAGAUAUCGUCUAGCAUUCAAUAAGAAAGAAAAUGACGAUUUUAGAUUCUAUAAAAACUUAAACAAUGCUAAUGAUGACUCCAAAUAUGCAGUUACUAUAACGAUACCUAAAGAACCAAAUUUACCAGAAUGGUUCAAAUUCCAAAGAGAUUUAUGGGAACAAGAACAUUCUCCUGAAGAACACCACUUCUAUAAAGAACAUAUAUUUAUGUAA